UACGAUCAUAACGUAUGUAUAAACGCAUAAUAUACAAGUAACAUGUAACUUGUAAUUUGACUUCACUUCAUUGAAUCUGUGGUCUGGUAUAAAUGUGGUGAAAUCAUGUUCGCAGUGCAUGCGUGUAACUGGCGCUUGAAGGGAGACAACUCUUGUAUGUACGUCACAUUCUCAGUCGGGAGUUGUACGUGAAACAUGGCUAGAACUGUCCUCUACUUUGCGUACGGCAGCAACCUUCUCGCGCAGAGGCUCUUGUUGAAGAACCCCACGGCGCAGUUUCUACAUACAGCCAGGCUGGAUGACUACCGUCUGACGUUUGACUCGCCGCAAGACACCAAGACGAUGCUGUGGGCGGGAGCGCCCGCCACCAUCAGGAGAUGCCCCGGUUCCAGUGUCUGGGGCGUUAUAUGGCAGCUUGAUAUGGCCGACAGCGACAAUCUGGACAGACAGGAGAGAAGAUACCAACGCAGGACGGUGACAGUAACGACACCCGACGGCACAACGCACACGUGUCGGACGUACGAACUCGACGGGGAAUUUGAUAUUUCACAUACCCCCUCCCCUCAGUACAAGGACGUGAUUGUGAGGGGAGCGAAACAAAGUGGUUUACCCCAAGCUUAUAUCUCCCAGCUGGAGGCUAUAGAGGACAAUGGAUUCCAAGGAGAGAUUCAAGUCUACAACCAACUUAUAUGUCAACUGGAAAAAACAACAACAACAAUGACACGGGUUCGUUCAGUGUUAUAGCUUCUUUGUAUAAUGGCUGAAAGUUACUGAACGAUGUAUUGUGUGUCUACCUUCAGCGCUAAAUCCGUCUGAAUAUUCUAUUAGCGUUGCUCCGGGAUCAGUAUCCUGACAUGACCAUCCUGAAUAGAUGGGUGCGGUUUUUCCUCAAUAGGCAGUUCAUAUUGGGGGUUGCUGUUGAGUUAAGGUAAUCCCCAGACACAGACAAACAGAUCAAGAUGUAAACAUUAGUUUGUUAUCCUGAGUGCUUGUAUUUGACGUUAUGUUACAAAGACUGUAACAAAAGCUCACCCGGUGCCUACGCGAUAGACUGUCUCACAAUUCCUAAACCAUAUUAGGUUCUGUAUCGUCUUAGAACUGACUGUAGUAAUGCUAUACAUCACUAAAUGAAGCAACACUAGAUUUUCGACAGGUUCAGGAUCUCAGAUGGGCUCCGUUUAACAUUAAAAGUGAUUCCUUCUUUCUGUCAACAUUAUAUGAACAGGUCUGUCAGCUAUGAUUACAUUUUCUACGUUUAUAUUUUGAAUUGUCUUUGCUCAGGGCAGGGAUUUACAAAUAAAGGAUGUCAUUUUU